AUGAAGUUUGAACCUACAGACUACCUUCUGAGCUUGAAUAUAGAUUUCGACUCUAACAUCAACAACGACUACUUUGAUGACGAAGUUUCACCAAUGAUUGACAACCAACAAUUGCAACAGGAUUUGGACUUGUUCAGCCAAGCAGCAAACGACUUUUACUCAUUGGACGUAUUGGGCGACACAACAAUACCAACCAAACAACAACCACAACAACAACACCAACAACAACAACAACACCAACCACAACACCAGCAACAACAACCACAGCAACCACAGCAACCACAGCAACAAUUAUACAACUCCUCUUCCACCACCACUAUUGUAUCGCCACAAUUCCAAACACCUAUUGACUACAGCCAGUUCCAACCCCAAUACGAACAGAAUACUCAAUAUGCUAAACCAUUAACGACACAUACACCAGCACCAGUGUAUAACAACAACAACAGUAGUAGCAUAUACGGAAACAACCUGAUAGCCGCAGCAACCUCAUACUCAACAGUAUCUACUCCAGCACAAGCACCAGGAUCAACAUCAACAUUAGUUUCACUGGCAGAGCAAGCUUCAUUAUUGGACAAGAAAAAGAGAAACACAGCUGCAAGCGCGAGAUUCAGAAUUAAGAAGAAAUUGAAAGAGCAAGAAUUGCAUACAAAGACCAAAGAGUUGGAAGAAAAAGUUGAACGUUUACAACAAAAGUUGAGAAAAAUGGAGGUUGAAAACAAAUGCUUGAAAACCAUCAUCUUUAAACAAAAUGAAAGCAAGAACUCGCAAUUGGUUGAAUCAAUCAAGAAGAGAAUCUCAGAAGAGUACGACUUAACUGGAUUGUAA